AACACAUACACAAAAAAAAAAAAAAAAAAACACAUUGACCAACUCCUCACAUUACCCGUUGGGCUCCCAUCCACCCACCGCCACGUAUUUUAUCGCGUGUCCGGCUUAUCGCCCGCGCACGUUCGUUCUCUCCUGCUACGAAGUAACAACGAAUCGCACUCACUCAACUUCGUACACACAAGACGUUUACAUCAUGCUAUAAAGCCUUUAUUUAAAAAGAGGAGAAAUACUACUUCAAGACUAUGGUUCUUCUAUCGCAGCUUUUUGAAACAGACAGACGCGAAUGCUCGGAACGAAGCAUGGAAUCAAGCCAACCCCCUCCCUACGCUAGCCCCUCACCUCAGUCUCCCCAGUCUGUCGCGUCAUCCAACCCGGGUUCGCCCGCUGUAUCUCUCUUCUCCGCAAGAGCCCAUAACAGAUUCCCCAGCUCCGCGUCUUCGUUAGCCUCUUCUCCUGGCUUGGGGAGCCUUAUAGAAGGAUAUAGCACUAUGAAGACCCCGCUGACCGACGUCAAAGAGGACCCACUUGAGCUCGAUACGAGUCUGGUUGACGGAAGCCCUUAUUUUGCGCACUUCAACCAGGUUCACGCGGACGAUGGCUAUUCCGCAGUGCUGGAAUACGAUCUUUCAGACGACGUGGUGGAAAAGCCGAGCUCACCCAAGAAGCGAAAGUCGGAUGGCAGCACAGCUACAUCCUUUCGCGGCAUCUCUCGCUUAAGCAACCGAUUUACUUCCAUGUCGUCGAAAUGGAAACACAAGCAAGGAAUAGAUACGGCAGUCUUGGAAAAAUAUGAUGAAUCGCUGAGAUCGCGUGCAAAUUCUGCAACGUCGACGUUGGUGAGCCCGACAGUUAGCUCACUCUCCAUCCGACAAGGCCACACAUCCCCCUCUCCAGCAAGAACAGCUUUUGAAGAUCGGUUACAUGAGAGUGGUAUUCAUCCCAUAGACAUCGACAUGGCCAAUCGACAGGGUAUAAUAGACACAGAGCCAAAGGCAACCACACCUUUACUGCCACCUUUGAUGGUGAACCUUCCGAAUCGGGAUAACAUAUCGCCCACACAGUCACCACUACAGUCCCCCUCCGUAGCUGAUGUGACUGACAGCAACUCGCACCCAAAUACAACCCACAACUCCCUCGACGCUUCCAGAGCGACAUGCCUACCUUCACCACCGCUAUCCAAACAGGCCUCUGUAUCAUCCAUCAGUCGACAAUUGGCAGGAGCCAGAACUCAGGUUCAAGAUCUCUCCCCAGUCGCAAUGCCAGAGACGGAUGACGAGUGGUCCGACAAGCUAGGCCAUGCGAAUUUCACCAUCCGACCUGAACCCUAUCUCCCCACCUCCCGAACGCUCGAAGCCUUCGAGGAGCACAGGAACAAUUGGGCGCUUGCCCGCUGCAAUUACGCGAAACAUCUCACUCGCAUUGCAGAGCACUACGGCGCAACAUCCAACAUCUACCGGCUCACGGAGGAGAAAUGGGAUUCGGUGGAGGCUGGAUGGAGAGGGAACCACAACGAACUCGUCGCAGGUUUGGAAGACGGCAGAGGUAAUCCUGUCAGCUUGCUACACAAACCGGACAUCUCCAGCGUCGAAGCCAUCAAAAUCCCACAGCUGGACGAUAAAAGCAAGUUUCCUGACCGUGGUGAUGAGGAUAUUGUUGGACCAAUGUCUGUGGCGCCUGUUCUUCAACGAUCUUCGUAUCCGUCGGGCAAAUCGUUACGGAAGAGAACGUUCUUUAAGUUCUUGCAAGAUCUGUUCACCCCUGGGAUAAAAGCCUGACAGACGUCGAUAAAGCUGCGCUGGCCAUCAUCCCAUCCUGUGACCUUGUAUCAUAAUUGGUUGCCAUUUCCCCGUCGCCUUUUUGUUCGGAUUUCAAUUUUCAUUUAUUACUUUCUUCUGUUUCUCACAUACAUACAAGUCCCGCUCUCGCUUCUCGUUGAUUCAAAUGUCCCCUUCUCUUCCUUGUACAAACUAAUCUAUCCACAUGCCUUCUUUUAUUUCGUUGGCUUUAUCCCUCAAUUGUCAAGUGAAGUGUUUUCACAACACGACAUCGUCGACUUUUGGGGAAUAGCCGUGAUUUCGUCCCUUCGUCCUUUCCAUUCCUUACAGCUCAUUACCAUGCGACGACCGAUCAUGUUGGACGAUGAAUGAUGACGCUCCUUUAUAAUGCUGCUUUUGCUAGAGAUACCCACCUUUUACGCUCCUUUUAUUAUUAGACACACAUACACAGUGAGAGGGAGACGUUCCCCUAUUGAUUCACCCUAGACCAUAUUUUAUGCCCUAUAAUUAUAAUUCAUUUAUUACACCGCUUAUAUCUAGACCUCUUCUUUACAUUUAUAUAUCCGUCCUGCUUUUCUGCACAAUUUACUAUACGAGCUAUUUUUCAGUACUUUUUAUUUUUAUUUUUUAUCGAUAGAUAGUUGUUUUUGCACCCCACCCCAUACCAUUGUGAGAGACGCCUUGCGCUCACGCUAAAAAGGGCCUACCUGCCUUCUUAUUUUUUAAAAAUGUUAAUUUUCUAUAUAAUGAGGUGACUGCGAAGCGAUGAAUUUCGGAUUCGGCUGCUGAAGAGAAUGAUGAGAGGGACCAGAGGGUAAGGAAAUACCCGAAGAGCUCGAGCUGCAGCUUGUUCCAAGGAAUCAUAUCAUCCCUCUUUCCCCUUCCUUUUCCCUCAUUGAACCCAAUCACGCCAAAUGGGCAUGGGCGGGGUUGGUUUGCACUCCAUUCCCAUACUGAUAUCUCGCGGGUGCCUCGGACAGUUGGGUUUAUUACACCAGACGGAUGGGAUGAAUGGUAUACAUAUAUUGGUUAGAAUUUCCUAUAGACCCGGUUUCAGUCUACCUAUCUCAUCUCCCAAUGUUCUAUAUAUCAUCGCGCGCGGUGUGUGCACUUUCGUCUUCCCUUAUUUUUUUAUUUUUUUUUUCUGCAUCAUUUCUUUUUCAUGCCGAAUACCACCAACCAUCAACCAACCAACCAUCCCGCCCAACACAUACAUGUACAUAUCUUCAAAAGUGUUUCCCCCCCACUACUCCCACCCCAAGAUGCCUGCGUCUAAUCCAUAAUAACUCUAUUCUGGCCGCUCGAUAUUAUCUAUUAACCCAUCCGCUCUGCCUUACUUUGCCACUCAGCCACUGACGCUCAACCCAACCCUCAACUUUGUCCUCCCAACAUGUUUCAUCAUAGACAUAGACCAUACAGGGCUCUUUAUUUUAUUUCGCUGAUUCAUUCAUUCAUUCGCUAAUUUGGAAAAAGAGGGCUCUUGGAAACGGUGAGAAAAGGGGUAAGUGAGGAGGAAGCUGUUGGGAGUGGUGAGUGUUUUUAUUGUGGGAGUCUGGUGUGGGGCGUGUUGGGUGGAGGUUGCUUGUUGGUUAGAGGUAUUGAGGCUUUGCAAAUGAUGAUGAGAUGAUUAGAUAGUACAUCUGAAUCAUGAUGAGUGAAUGGAUGAAUAUAUGUCAUGAUUUGUGAGUUACUAUUUAUAGAGUAUCACAUACGAACAAUAUUGUGGCGGAUGUACGGAGUAUUGCUUCCGAAAACAGAAUUUUCUCAGCCCCCCUCUGAAAAUUAGUAGCAAGAAAAAUCAAAAUAUCCAUGUUUCUCUAGAAUCAUUCAAUUAUCAUUCAAUACAUAUCUUGCUUACUUUUACCAUCAA